AUGGCACUCUCAGCGACGGUCACAGAGAAGAAGAAGGACCCCAGAGACUGGCGCGGUCUUACCCCUCCCCUGGCAGAAUGGAUCCUUGAUUUCGUCGCAAGUCAGGGCUAUCAGCGCAUGACGCCUGUUCAGGCCGCCACCAUUCCCCAGUUUCUCGGCAACAAGGACGUCGUCGUCGAAGCUGUCACCGGCAGCGGCAAGACCCUGGCGUUUCUGCUCCCCAUCGUGCAGAAGCUGCUUCGCCUCUCCGAACCCACUAAGCGCGGCCAUGUCUUCGCCAUUAUCGUCUCACCAACUCGCGAGCUUGCUCAGCAGAUUUACAACGUUCUCAUGGGCCUCAUCGCCUUCCACACUGCCUCCUCGGAGAUGCUUCCCUUCCUGAAGGAGGAUGACAAGCGCCCCGACUCAGCCGUGCCCAUCGUCGUGCCCCAGCUGCUCGUCGGAGGCACGACCACGACGCAGCAAGAUCUCAGCUUCUUCGUGCGCCACUCUCCCAACAUUCUCGUCUCCACGCCCGGCCGCCUCGUCGAGCUUCUCGCUUCGCCCCACGUCCACUGCAGCCAGUCCACCUUUGACAUGCUCGUCCUCGACGAAGCCGAUCGCAUCCUCGACAUGGGCUUCCGCCAGGACCUCCAGCGCAUCCUCUCCCACCUGCCCAAGCAGCGCCGAACCGGUCUCUUCAGCGCCUCCGUCUCCGAGGCCGUCUCCCAGAUCAUCACCGUCGGCCUGCGCAACCCCGUCAAGAUCGCUGUGCGCGUCAAGUCCCUGCGCGACGGCAACAUCAUCGAGGACCGCAAGAUUCCCGCGUCUCUGCAAAUGGCAUACCUCCUCACGCCGGCCUCCCAGAAGAUGCCGGCCCUCGCCCAGAUCCUCGACAAGCUCAACCCGCGCCCCCAGCGCAGCAUCAUCUUCCUCUCCACCUGCGCCGCCGUCGACUACUUCCAGCACAUCCUCCCCGACAUGCUCCCCGCCGGCUUCUCCCUCGUGCCCCUGCACGGCAAGCUGCCGCCCAAGGCCGGCGACGUCGACAGGAACAAGCGCAAGAGGCGGACCAACGAGGCCUGGAGCGACAAGCACGAAAAGGCCGAGGUGCGCGUCGAGAGGCGGGAGAAGCGGCAGAAGAAGAGGGACAAGGAGCGCGAGAGCAAGAUGACCGAGGACGAGAAGAUCGAGGCCAGGGAGCUGCAGGACCUCAUCAAGGAGGUAAGGAGGAAGAAUGGCGCCAAAGAGGCUAAGGAGGAGGAGUUUGGGGGCUUUGACGAUUAG